AAAUCCCAAUGUUUUCCAUCAGCAGCGGAGCAGCAGUAUCUGUAGGCAGGCGCAUCUGAUGAAAGGAGCAGGGGGCCGGGUGCCUUUGGAUUUGGCUGCCCCCGGGCCGGAGCGGAGCAGAAUGAGACCGGGGAGUGACCUGGGGGUCGGGUUCCAUCAGGGGAGAUGCUGAAUUCAGGACGGUCAGUGGGAGCAAACAGCUGCCAUCACACCCCCCUCCUGCAGCAGCCUGUGCCCCUGUCAGCCCAUGGCCUCCUCUCAGCAGGGCUUCCCCCUAUCCUUCAUCCACAGGGGAAGAUCUAACAGCGACCCCAGCGUCCUCACUGAACCAGGGUCGGAGUCAGAGGACAGUGCAGAGGAGAUGGCCCAGUCCCCGGUACUGCGCACGGAAUAUGUGGUCUCAGGAACGCGCACGCCCCCGGCCAGGAGGAACAGCAAGUUGGCUACGCUGGGUCGGAUCUUCAAACCAUGGAAGUGGAGGAAAAAGAAGAAUGAGAAAUUGAAGCAAACGACAGCCCUGGAGAAGAAGAUAUCCGUUAGGCAAAGCCGGGACGAGCUCAUUAAGAAGGGUCUGCUGGAGAUUAUGGAACAAGAACCUGAACCCAAAGUGUGUCCAACUGAUGGAUCUGCAAGGGAAACCCACAAUGACCUUCCAUCCCCCACCUGCCAGGCUUUAGACCCUGAAGAGGCCGAGCAAAAGAAUUCUUCCUCGCUGACUGUCAGCUCCUUUGAUGAGAAUCAAGUCCCAGAUCAGACUGAAGAGGAAGCAGGUAGCGUUGACUUGCUGGUGCUUGAAGAACUCAAGGAGUCCAACCUCACCUCAGUGGAGAGGACCUUACAGGCCAUCCUACUCUCUGAAUCUGUAGAUACUGCUCUUCUGGAGUUAAACUCCAUGCAGAUCCAGAGCCCCCCACUUCUGCCCCUGUCCCAACCAAUGGCAAACGCUUGGGUUAACCAGUGUGUGUCAGAUGUUGAAGUAGAAGAGAUCACCUUGAAGUCCCCACCCCGGACCAUAAUGAAAAGCUCGACCCCUAGUGGUUCCUCCUAUAUCUCAGGACACAUCAACCACUUCCAGCCUUCUGCCCAGAAAGCCACUGAACUGCACGGCCAAAUGGCUCGAGGGCGGCAUUCCAGCCCCAAUGGUUCACCUCACCACUCCGCCAUACAUAUGCCUUUACCCCCAAGCAGAGUCAUCGAAGAGCUACACAGGGCACUAGCCACUAAACACCGGCAAGACAGUUUUCAGGGUCGGGAAAAUAAAGCUUCUCCAAAGAAGAGGGUGGAUUUCCGAACCUCUAGGCCCUCCAGUGUAGAGAAGUUCAGCGUCACUUUCCAAGAGGGAGAUGCCGAGGGCAAAUAUUUGUCUGCCAAGGAGUCUGAGGAAAACAAGGAAAACUUGAUCAGGGAUUCGACCCAUAAAGACAAUGUGCUGUUGUAUGAGGAGGAUGAGGAGGAUUUAAAUAACUCCAUUAUCUCUGGGACAUUGACAAGAAAGUACAAGAAAGAACUGUUGGCUGUAAAACUCCGGAACCGUCCAAGCAAGCAGGAGCUUGAGGACCGGAAUAUCUUUCCCCAGAGAACGGAUGAGGAGAGACUUGAGAUACGACAGCAAAUUGAAUUCAGACUCUCAAAGCGACUGAGCCAAAGACCUGCUGUGGAAGAACUUGAAAGAAGAAAUAUUCUGAAACAGAGAAAUGACCAGACGGAGCAAGAGGAGAGAAGAGAGAUUAAGCAGAGGCUAACGAGGAAGCUCAAUCAGCGGCCAACUGUGGAUGAACUGAGGGAGAGGAAAAUCCUAAUACGGUUCAGCGAUUACGUGGAGGUGGCGAAAGCGCAAGAUUAUGAUAGGAGGGCAGACAAGCCCUGGACAAGAUUAUCUGCAGCUGAUAAGGCUGCUAUACGCAAAGAGCUGAACGAGUACAAGAGCAAUGAGAUGGAAGUGCAUGCGUCGAGCAAACACUUGACCAGAUACCACAGACCGUAACCAUUUCCUUGCGAGAAGAAAAGGCGGUACGUUUCGAUAAAUCUGCUGAACAUGUUCCUUCAGGAGCAGUGAUGGGCAGUGCUGAAUUCAGCGCAUGGUGCUCUGAAAAUUCUGCGGAGAGCGGUUGUUGGGGCAGCGCAACGGGAUUGUCUAUGACACGUCCGGAUAUGUGACAGAAGCAAUGAGGUCACGUCAUACACUGGGGGACAGAGCAGCUCCCACGCAGGGAGAGAAACGAGCGCAAAAUAUCCCGGGGGUUGUUGCUAGAGACUGGAUGGACUAUGACUUGUUUAAAGCGGUGUAUUGCAGCAGGAGGCUGUGCAUGUAUGGGGCUUUACUAAGGCGACAUCAUAACGGACACGCAGCCGGCACCUCAUACAGUAUUACACAGACAUGUCAGUCUGAUCACGGUUUUAUUUGUAAGUCUUCGAGUUCAUGCUGAGGCAAGAUAUUUUCAUGUUUUAUAUUUUGGUUUCUUUUAUUUUUAUGAUGUCUUAUUGAAAAAAAAAAAAUACAUUUUCCUGUUAAGUUUAUCUUAUUAAAAAAAAAAAACAACUAAAACUUGCUGCAAACAACUGGUGUUUUUAUUACCCCAAAAGCCACUGCUUUAAAGGUAAACUAUACCUAGGGUUGCCACCUUUUCUGGAAAAAAAUA